AUCUUUUCAACUAAAGAUAUAAUCUUCUUUAUUUUGUGCAUUUAAGAUAUUACUAACAUAAACAUGGUAGCAACAAAAUAUUUUAAAUAACUUCCAACAUAAUACAACUUAGGGAUGCCGGUGUAAUCAACAUUUUACCAUUUCAAACUUCUAGAUAAUAAAAGCUACAAUUUAACAUGGUAACAACAUAAUAAUUUAAAUGGCAACCAACAUAAUUAAUACGACUUUCAGAGAACACGGUUGAAUAAGUUUUACCAAUUCAAAAUUUAGAUGAUUAAAGCUACACCGGUGGAUUUCUUUAGAUUAAGAAAUCAAUGUAGACGCCUAGAUGAAGUUUCUCUAAGAGGGCGAUUUCCGGUGGUUCUAUUUCCUUAUUUAAAUAAGUUUUUUUCUUUUCCCUCACCGUGAGUGGACUCAAUUUCUAGCCUUUGGCUACGGUGGUUAUUAUUCUGGAAAAUAUUCAUGUUUCUUUUUUUCCAUCUCCCUCUUUCCUUAAUUAUUCACCAAAGAUUUCUCUUGCUCGAUUUCUUGCCUAAAAUAGCGAGGAAAUUGAUUUUCUUUCCUUCUAUCAUGAUGUCUUUAAGGAUUUGUGUUCAAUUUUGCGCCAUCAAAGGAAAAUUUUCAUUGAUUUGCUCUGACCUAUUACCGGAGAUCCAUAGAGUCCUGCAAUCUCAGCUGCUCCGCCCCCUUUCUCUGCCGCCGACGAUAGUUGAUUCAUUGCACCAAAGCCUCAAGUCGAUGUCUAUUGAGGAGGAUGAGGUUCCACUCACUUUACCGGAUAGCCCGAGAUUCAGAGUCUUUGAUGUUCUAUCUCUCUUGGCUUUGACACUUCCAUUAGCCAUUGCUUCUGAUCCAAGCCCCCUUCAAGAUUUCUGCGUUGGCGUCAAUACACCAGCAAGUGGAGUGUUUGUGAAUGGAAAGUUCUGCAAGGAUCCAAGGAUCGUUAACGCAGAUGACUUCUUUUCAUCGGUACUCAACAGACCUGGAAAUUUAAAUAACGCUGUUGGGUCCAAUGUGACAACUGUCAAUGUUGACAACCUUGGAGGAUUGAACACCCUUGGAAUCUCACUUGUUCGUAUAGACUAUGCACCCAACGGUCAGAACCCACCUCACACUCACCCACGUGCCACUGAAAUCUUGGUUGUCCAACAAGGAACCUUGCUUGUAGGGUUUGUCUCUUCAAACCAAGAUCGAAACCGUCUUUUCGCCAAAACGCUCAAUGUUGGUGAUGUAUUUGUGUUUCCAGAAGGACUCAUCCAUUUCCAGUUCAACCUAGGACGAACUCCAGCGGUUGCAAUCGCUGCGUUGAGCAGUCAAAACGCAGGUGUUAUCACGAUUGCUAACACAGUGUUUGGCUCUAACCCAGCUAUAGACCCGAAUGUUCUUGCAAGGGCAUUCCAGAUGGAUGCCAAUGUCGUCAGGGAUUUACAAAAUAGGUUCUAAUAAAAUAAGAAUUGUCGUAUUUGGAAUUGGUUUAUAUUACGUUCUUUCUUCAGAAUAAUGAUUACCAAAUCAGCCUGAUGUAUGAUGUUGUUUGUUUGUUUCUAUCUUACCUGAAGUUUUUCAGUGAAUAAAUAAUCUUGUUCCAAAA